CGCCUUUGUCCGAACUCCGUGAGGGGCUGCUUCGCGUUCUCUCACUCUCGAAGCUCAGGAGGCGGAGAGAAAGCGAGAGAGAGAGAGAGAGGGGGUCGGAGGAGAAGUGGGGAGAAAGAGGGGUCUCUGUUCUAGAGAUUCUCUUCGGCGCAGGAUUGGCUUCUCUGCUCGGUAUCCAGGUUUCAUAUUGGAUUUUGGAAGCAUUUCCCGUGUUUUUUUUUGGUUUUUUCCGACCUUGCGGCCUUCAAUUCGUUCUCCGCUUCUCUCUUUCUCGUUCUCUCGGUCUAGGGGUGGGUUUUUGGGGUUAGGGUUUUGAUUUCUGUGGGAUUUUACUGCUCGUAGCUUUAGGUUUGGUGCAAAGGCUUGUUAGUGGAGGAGAGCUACGUUUAGGGUUUUUUUUAUGAGAAUCGGGAGAAGAGGUUUGUGUUUUCCUGACGUUGAUUUAGGUUUUGGGGUUUCGGGUGGAAGCUAGGUUUUUGCUGCUCAAUUUUGGGUUUUCUCGGUAAAGAGCAAAACCCUGUCGUAGACUUCCGAUUGAAGGUGGGCGUGUUGAUUGGUCUAUGCUGAAGCAGAAAGACAGAGACCAGGCAACUUAUUUUGGAGGGAAAUUCGAAUCGAGUACCAUCAAGGUCCAGAAUUUGUAUAAAUCCACCGACAAGUUUUGGAAUUUAUACUGUACAGAGAUAAGUUAUUGUAGUUUGGAAGAAGGGAUUAUGUGGCAUGUGGACUUGUAAAAAUUUGAUGUUUUAACCCUAGGAGGAAAAAUGUUAUUUUAGAGUGCGUGACUGUAAAGAAUUGAAGAAAUAGCUCUGAUGAUUUUUUGCACGCCAUGAUGGGGAAAACGCAGAAGUUCUCAAAGGGAUACGCUUCAGGUUUUGUCCCAGACUACCGGCAUGCAGUUGAGACAAUUGAUGAGUCAGAAGGGUUUGGUAGCCCAGGCCAUGUUGACUCGGAGGACUCCUGUGCUCCAAAAAGGAAGUGUAUAAGCUUAAACAUGGAAAGACAUGAUAGUUUCAAUGUCCCAUUGCAAGUCAUUUCUCGGUCAAAGUUGUCUGUUCCAGAGAGGAAGGAGUUAGAAAUUAGAUUGAGAGGAGAGCUUGAACAGGUUCAAUUAUGCCAGAAGAAAAUACUCUCUAAGAGCAUGGCAGGUGCUAAUGGGGUUGCCUUCUCGUCUUCCAGUGAUGGGCGUGUGGAGAAACGGGAUCUUGUGGGUCAGAAUGCUUCGCAAGUGAAGUGUGGGAACUCGGGAAAGUUUGAAUCUGCCAAGUGGGGUCCACCUCCUCUUAUUAGCAACUCCUAUGCCAUGUUGAUGAAACAGUGUGAGGCACUUCUGAAGCGCUUGAUGGCACACCAGUAUGCAUGGGUGUUUAAUACUCCUGUUGAUGUGGUGAAGUUGAAUAUCCCAGAUUAUUUCCAUGUUAUUAAGCAUCCAAUGGAUUUGGGAACAAUUAAGAGUAGGAUAGCUUCAGGUGCUUAUUCUAGCCUGUGGGGUUUUGUCUCAGAUGUGAGGCUUACUUUCACCAAUGCCAUGACCUAUAAUCCACCUGGUAAUGAUGUACAUAUCAUGGCAGAUAUCAUGAGCAAAUUUUUUGAAACAAGAUGGAAACCUAUUGAAAAGAAACUGGCUGCAGCUGAUGCAGCUGUUAAAAGAGAAACAGAAGGUGCCAAGUCGGUGUUGCAGCCAAAGAAGAGGAAAGCAUCUCCUAUUAAUCACAAUAUUGUUAUGCCUGAGACCGUCAAGCCAAUGAUGACAGAGGAGGAGAAGCAGAAUCUGGGCAGGCGCUUGGAAACUUUAGGCAAGCUUCCAGUGCACAUCCUUGAUUUUUUGACGAGGCAUACCGGCAAUGCAAAUGAAACUAACGAGGAGGAGAUAGAGAUUGAUAUCGAUUCUCUUGGUGAUGAUAAUCUGUUUCAAUUACAGAAGCUUCUGGAUGAUCAUUUGCUAAAGAAACAGUCAGGGCAGAAAGCAAAAGCUGAGCCUUGUGAAAUGGAGAUUUUAAAUGAAUCCGGACUUAGCAAUUCCUCCAGGCAUCCUUGCAAAGGCAAUGAGCCAGCUGAUGAAGAUGUGGAUAUUGGUGGCAAUGACCCUCCUAUUUCAAGCUAUCCUCCAGUGGUUAUAGAGAAAGAUACAGCACUUAGAAGCAGCAAAUGUAGUAGUUCAAACAGUUCUAGUAGUGAUUCAGGAUCAUCUUCCAGUGAUUCAGACUCUGGUAGUUCCUCAGGAAGUGAGUCAGACGAGAAAGUUGCUAGUUCUCCAAUGGUUAUCAAGGAAAAUGUACGAUCUAGGGCAGCUUUGGAGCAAGAAAAAAGUGAUGUUUUAAACCCGCUCGAUGCAAACAGAUCUUCUAAUGGGUUAGAUCAACCAGAACAGGAUGCUGAUCCUAUACCUGCAUCUGUCGAGGCAAAUAGCCACCAAAAGGGGGGGAAUACUCCAUCUGAGAGGCCCGUCUCCCCCAAAAAGCUCUAUCGUGCAGCUUUAUUGAGAAAUCGCUUUGCUGACACAAUCCUCAAAGCUCGUGAGAAGACGCUUGACCAGGGUGAAAAGAGGGAUCCAGAGAAACUUCAGCUUGAGAAGGAGGAGCUUGAGAGGAAAAAAAGGGAAGAGAAAGCUCGGUUGCAAGCAGAAGCCAAGGCUGCUGAAGAAGCUCGAAAGCAAGCUGAAGCAGAAGCUGCAGCAGAAGCUAAGCACAAACGUGAACUCGAGAGAGAAGCAGCACGUCAGGCCUUGCUUCAGAUGGAGAAGACUGCGGAGAUCGAGAGCAGUCAAUUUUUAAAAGAUCUAGAGUUGCUUAGAGCUGUUCCAGCUGAACAUGCACCUAGUUCUGUUGGCGAGACAAGCCCUGCUGACUUACAGGAGGGUAUUGACUGUUUUAAAUUUGGGGGCAGUAACCCUUUAGAACAGCUUGGGUUGUACAUGAAAGCCGAUGACGAAGAGGAGGAAGAUGGUGAGCCAAGCACUGUUCUUGCAAAUGAUGUUGAGGAAGGAGAAAUUGAUUGACCAUCUUCAGCUCUUCCUGCUACAUACACGCCCAUGGGCUGUGGUCUCCACGGUGUAGUCUGUUGGGUAGCAGACUGGGCCCAAAUGCGUCCCCAGUACCAAGUGUGUUUGUCUGGCCUAAGCCAACCACAGUCAAGAUCGUCAUGAUUAAUGUUGCCAAGGGUACUGCUGAUGUUGUGCUAUGCUGGUUUCUGUUUUGGUUUCUGGCUUGUAUUCAAGUGGCCAUCAGUUUUGGUGUUAGAGAAGCAGGUUGAUCCCGUUGGGAAGCUUGUGUACUCUAUACGAGCGUUGGACUGCAAUAUGGACUGGUUAAGAGGAAAUUGGUGAGUCUGACACUUGUGCUGCAGACUCAAAAUAGGUGAUAUUUAUAAGCUGAUUGAGGCAUCAGAUUGCAUUCCAUGUCAUCUAUUACAAUGUGGGAGCUGUAGGAGGUUUUGGAGAUUGCUGUUGAUAAUUUACUUUUUUUUUUCGUAUGUGCUCCCCAUAACUGUACAAAGACAGCUGAUAGAUGAAAACAAAGUUCCUUCAUUCUUAGUGCA